AUGAUUUUAUAUACCACACUCAAAGCCUUUGUUAGAUAUGACCCGAACAUCUCUCUCCAGGUCGAAUUCUUGCCUGGAGAAGCGUCCCCCGACCUGAAUGGCGUUAAAAUAUACCUAGAAUUGAACGAGCCGCCUAAUGUUCUGCGUGAUGCAGACAUUGAGGAAGACGACUGCUACGAAGAGUUUCGAAAUUAUCUAUCGCGAUUCGACUACCGCCACUGGGCACGAGUUCUUCAAGAAUGUGCGAAGACAAUCCGAGCUGAGUUUAAAGCGGUAAUGAGAAAGUUCAACGAUCCUACCAAGAUUGUAAGUUUCAAGUAUCUCACUCGACCCCCGUCAUGGAACGACGUCGAUUUGACCAAAGAAGGAUCGAGUGGGAAGGUCCUCACGAAACCCACGUCGGACACAGGAAGAGGGAAUGUUCUCGCGAAACCGGCAUCAAUCGUGAAGAAGACCGCAAUACCAAAGAAUAACAAUCGCGUGCAACGCUACUUCGCUUCGCUUAACCAGACCCUUAAGGCUGAUAUCCUUCUCCGGGUGGCACCGAGAGAGGGAGAACAAAAUGAACUAGCACCUCUAGUCCUGAACAGGCGGUACAACUGUGGCGGUUGUACGUCCCUGAGCGGGUGGUGCCCGCGGGUACCAGUAUAG